CGAUAGGGGGCGCAGUUGGCUGGUGGCGUGGAGGCGCUGCUCUUCUUCUGUCCUUCUCUCCAUCUAACCCGCAUUGUUUAGGAUCAGCUGUGUGUCCGAAACCCCACCCAAGCAAGGGCAAAGAGAGAGAGAGAGAGAGAGAGAGAGAGAGAGUCAUUCGGAACACACCCGCAGUGGACCGGAACCGAGCGUCGAGUUCUCUAUCGCUCCGUCUCCUUGUUUUUUUUUCUCCUCCGUUAAAGCCGGAAGGUUUCAUCCCUCCAUCUUCCCUUCAUCCUUCCUCCUUCCUCCAUCCUCCGGGCCGGAGUCAGCUGAUCGAUACAGACACCACCACCUUCAUCAUCAUCAACAUCAUCUUCAUCAUCCAGGUCCAGCUCCAGCUCCAGCUCGAGGUCCAGCUCCAGGAUGAUCGCGUUGUUUAAUAAACUCCUGGACUGGUUUAAAGCUCUGUUCUGGAAGGAGGAGAUGGAGCUGACGCUCGUGGGCCUGCAGUACUCCGGGAAGACCACCUUCGUCAACGUGAUCGCGUCGGGACAGUUCAGCGAGGACAUGAUCCCCACCGUCGGCUUCAACAUGCGCAAGAUCACUAAAGGAAACGUCACCAUUAAGCUGUGGGAUAUCGGUGGGCAGCCGCGGUUCCGCAGUAUGUGGGAGAGAUACUGCAGGGGGGUCAGCGCCAUCGUGUACAUGGUGGACGCUGCAGAUCCGGAGAAAAUCGAGGCGUCUAAAAACGAGCUGCACAACCUGUUAGACAAACCGCAGCUGCAGGGCAUUCCUGUUCUGGUGUUGGGCAAUAAGAGGGACCUUCAUGGGGCGCUGGACGAGAAGGAGCUGAUCGAGAGGAUGAACCUGUCUGCCAUCCAGGACCGGGAGAUCUGCUGCUACUCCAUCUCAUGUAAGGAGAAGGACAACAUCGAUAUCACACUACAGUGGCUGAUCCAGCACUCCAGAACCAGGAGGAGCUGAGAGGUGGAGCUUCUGAUUGGAGAAACAGUAUCACGUGACCACCUGUAUGCCAAGUCCCGCCCCUUUUGGGUUUAUGCCCCGCCCCUGCUCUAACUCUCUAAAACGACUUUCAUUCCUGUACAAAUUGUGAUAAAUAUGAUUUGCACUGUUUACAGUUUUGUUUGUGUUUUUUUUUUUUUUUUUUUUUUUAACUUUUAUGCAUUUUUUAUAACAACGAAUUUCAGACCAGACGGAUUUCACAGUCACAUGAUGAAGACAUUUUUGUUUUUUUUGUGCAUGUUUGUGUGUAUGUGUCUUUCAGCCUUUUCAUAGAUCAGUAGUUGGUUAUACGAUAAAUCACGCUGUCUUCAUCGAGGACACUUCAGAAUCAUUGUCACGUCAGCGUGUGAAAGUGGACGUUUUGUGAUAAUAUCGUAAACCGCGAUAAAAUGAUUAGGCGAUUAUCCUAAUAACGAAAUCAUGCGGACGCACACCUUCAUAACUCAGACUGAGACGAUAGUGACGUUUCACACUAAUGUGGUUUUUUGUUUCAUGUUUGCCUUUGUUUUGUGUGUGUGUGUGUGUGUGUGUGUGUAUGUUUAAAGAAAAGGUCCUAAAAAAAAAUAUCCACAAUGUCUCUUCAUUCCCAGCGUAGUCAAGGCUAACGUAGCUAACACGUAAUGAGAGCUUAUAGCCUCCAGUUUAGCAUCGUGUGUAUAAACUACAGCAUGCAUUAAAGUUUUUUAAGUGGUUGUGUAUUAGCAACAACAUGCCGUUGUUUUGCGUCAAGUGUUUUUUUUUUCCCUGUGUGUUGUACAGCUUACCUGUUGCACCUCACUCCUUUAAUUACACACACACACACACACACACACACACACACACAGAGUCAUUGUUCUGUUUUGUUUUCUGGACAGUAUGAAUAUUAAUGUUAUAAUGACUUCCCUUGUGUGUGAUGAGAAGUGUUUUAAUCUAAGAAGUGAAAUGAGAAAUUAAAUCACAAAGCUGCCGGAUUCCUGGGUCAGCUAGCUAACUGUGUUCUCAGUUUAAGGUGGAAUAGUGUUAUUUUGGACUUAAAGCUCCAGUCCACCUUUAGUCUGUUUGCUUUCUGACCCACGAGUCCAGAUUUGUAGUCGUUUUCAUUUAUUUAAAGAAAUGAAAAGAAAUGAAUGGUUCUUCUUUCAGUUUUUAAGGUGCCACUGAGUUGCAUUGUUAUUACAUCAGGUUUAAACUCCAGUCCACCUUAAAUCAGUCGUUCUGCGCUGUUUAGGCUCAGCUCAUCAGAGACGAAUUAAAGGUGUGAACAUUUGUCCUGUUUUAUUUAUUUCUUUUAUUUGAUGUCCUGAUCAUCAGCAGCGUUAAAUCUCCAGUUCCACGUGUGUACAGUUCGGUCUUUUUCAGACACAUGGUUGGUUUUAAAACCUGUCCUGAUUUUUAACUCGAUGUUGUAAAUAACAACAAAACCCAAAACUCUUCUUCUGACUGGACUUUGAGAGAAAAAAAAAACAAUCUGUUGUGAUUUCUGUGAUUAAAAUUAACAAAUAUAAAAACACUCCAUGGUUUAGAGAA